AUGUCGUUAACAUUAAAGCUCUCCUCCUUGGCAAUCCGGACCCUUUCCAAGCCCAUCGCUUCUCAAAUCAAAGCUCAGGCCCGUGAACAUGAACGGUUUCGCAAGAUCUGCGUCUCUAUGGCCCAAGCCCUUCACCGAUUUGAUAUGCGCCUCCGACUAGGCUCCCUCCGCGAUAAUGCAGCCUCCCAACGUCGAGCUGCUGCCGAAGCCGAAGCUCGAAAAUUCAAGCCUUCAAUGCCCACCGUUCGAAACGCUGCCGAAACGAAAGCCGCAGAGGAAGCAGAGGCCAAAGCCAAAGCUGCGGCAGAAGAGGCAGCUAAACCACACCACUAUCAUAUCCGUCCCCUUUCUGAGUCUAAAGCUAUCGAGUCCGGCGCCAAUUUCAUUUCAGAAACCUUUCUCUUCAUGGUUGCCGGCGGCCUGAUCCUCUUUGAGUCGUGGCGAUCACGGAGUAAGGAAAGUACACGGCGGGAAGGUGUGGAGGGAAGAUUAGCAGAGCUAGAACAAUCCGAGCAAGCGGCUCGUGAAGCUCUAGUCGCACUAGAAAAGGAGCUACUCCAGCUAAGAGCCAAGCACGGCGACUUGCCCAAGUUGUCUACGAAGAGGAUUCUGUCCCCUGAGAUCUAUGAACAGGCCCCAGAGCCGGAGACCCCAAUAAUUGCAAAGGGGUGGCUCUCACGCAUUUCCUCGUACAUUACUUUCGGUCAAAGCGCUGCGAACACAACCGAGUCUGCGCCUAGUACCCAGCCUACAACAGAACAGGCAGCCUUGCCGCCCCAAUCUCCAGACCAGUCUACUGCAUCAGCUAGUCUGAGACCAUCAUCUGCAUCGAAGAGCUCGUGA